UAAAAUGUCAAGCCAAAUGGUUAGAGAAUCUCAAAUUAUGCCUUGAUAUCUCUCCCGAUUUUCAAUAUUUUUUGAUAGAUCUGUGUCCAGCGGAUAAAGAAAGUAAUGAAGAUCUGAUAAAAGUAGUUGUGAGAGACUGAAAGAAUUGCCAGGCUGUUUGUGCAGUGGUUUUGUAAACCUGUGGCUGUGUCCCACUUCAAAUCUGACUGAUGAAGAAAGUGUUGUCUUCUCCGGCUAGCAUAGCAUGAUAGUGUAUUGAUCAGUUCCCAUGCUUGUAAGCUAACAGCUGUUGGAUCGUUUCUUUUGGUCAAACCGUUUCGGAGAGUUUGUAACGUCAAAAUGUUGAAUCGACUGGUGAAGUUUCGACGUGGGCAAGGGGAUAGCUACGAAGAUUUGAAGGGUGCAGAUGUUUCACCAACGACAGAGUCUGGAGCCAGUGCCAGUGGUGGUGUGGAAAUCAAUCCUGAUUUACAACAUCCCCAGAUUGGUGACGGGAAAGGUUUUUCAGAAGAGGUAUUUACAGUUGACCAAGCUGUCGACAGGAUUGGAUUUGGAAUAUUUCAAGUCAAACUUUCUUUUCUGACUGGGCUGUCAUGGAUGGCGGAUGCCAUGGAGAUGAUGAUCCUCAGUAUCUUGUCCCCAGCGCUCCACUGCGCCUGGAGGCUGGAGGGAUGGAAACAAGCAUUGACAACGACCGUUGUCUUUUGUGGAAUGAUGUUGAGUUCCAGCAUAUGGGGAAGCAUUUGCGACAAGUUUGGCAGACGAACUGCUCUUCUUCUGUGUUCACUGUUUACGUUCUACUACGGAAUCUUGAGCGCCCUCUCACCAAUAUUCAUCUGGUUGCUGAUUCUUCGUGGUCUAGUUGGCUUUGGCAUAGGUGGUGCACCUCAAUCGGUUACCCUGUAUGCUGAAUUCUUGCCAUCAUCAGUUCGGGCUAAGUGUGUAGUUCUGAUAGAGCUGUUUUGGGCUAUUGGUGCAUGUUUUGAGACGAUCCUGGCUCUAGUGGUGAUGCCUACUCUAGGAUGGAGGUGGCUUUUAGGACUAUCUUCUCUACCCCUACUCAUAUUUGCUAUUUUCUGCGUUUGGUUACCAGAGAGCGCCCGCUAUGACAUGACACGAGGAAACACAGAGAAAGCUUAUGCUACGUUGCAAAGAAUAGCUAAGGAAAACAAUAAACCCAUGCCAACUGGUAGAUUAGUACACUCAACCACUAAUAUCAAACAGACUCAGGUAAAACGAGGACAGAUCAAAGACCUUUUUACUCCAGAGUUUAGAAGAACAACUUUUUUGCUGUGGUUCAUUUGGCUAGCCUGUGCGUUUUCCUAUUAUGGUAUAGUCCUAAUGACAACAGAAUUGUUUGAAGUUGGAGAUAGUUGCCAUGGUGGGACGGGAGCUGGUGAGACAGGGGAGCCGAUAUGUCCGGCUGAGUGUAAGAUGCUUACAACGAAAGAUUAUACUGAUUUACUAUGGACUUCUAUUGCGGAGUUUCCAGGACUGUUUAUCACAGCAGCUGUGAUUGAGAGAUUAGGACGAAAGAAGACCAUGGCUAUGGAGUUUGUUGUCUUCUCUUUCUUUACCCUUCUAGUUAAUAUGUGCACAUCAAGGGCACUCCUCACUUUUUUCCUGUUUGUUGCUAGAGCAUUUAUAUCCGGGGCAUUCCAAGCAGCCUAUGUGUACACACCAGAGGUGUAUCCAACGAGCACUAGGGCAAUCGGUCUUGGCUCUUGUAGCGGCAUGGCCAGGAUAGGAGCUAUCGUUACUCCUUUCGUAGCACAAGUCAUGUUGCGCCGGUCGGUUUAUCUCUCAAUCAGUAUAUAUGGAACUCUGACUCUGUUAGCUGCUGUUGCCGCACUCUUCUUACCUAUUGAGACCAAGGGACGAGAAAUGGUGGAUAUUUCUGCAACAGCUACCAAGGAACAACUAGAAAGAAAGUAAUAACAUAAUCAAGAUGCAGAGGCCAUUUGAUACGAGAUAAUACAGGACAUCAUGAUUAAGAUCUUUUUGAUCGAAGCCAGUCAAUUGACAAUUCUACUUAAUAUCAUUGCCAGCGAAAGACACCCUUUUUUGGGAAAAACCAUUGAAUUUGACAAGGAAAGUUCCCUUGCAAAGAUAAUUUGUAAAAUUGACCCUAAAAGCCCAUGUAUUUUUUUGAAACGACCCCCUUCUCUGGAAAUCUUGGUGAUGCCUAUGAAUUCUAUAUAAUCCUAGAAAUAAAAUGUCAUUCAAUCAUUUACCCAAGAACUGCACUUAAUACUGGGUACAUGAUAUACUUAAAAAAACCACAGUAGCCACAGCAGGCAAGUUGAUGCUGUUCUAUAUUUAUAAAAACCAGCGAGAUUAAAUUUUACACUGAUGUUAAGUGCCUGGUGUGUUACCUUAAAGCGCUACGCAAACAAGUGAUUUGAAUUGCUGCUAUAUGCAACUAAAAGAUCCCUUGUCUGCUGGUAAAGCAGGUCAUCGCUGGGUUUGAUAUUGAUUGCACGUUGUUGCAAUGACCACCACGAACAAUUAUUGUCGCAUUCAAUUUAAAUCGCAGGUAGCAAAUUGCUUGUUUGCGGGAUGUGAAACAUACAAAACAGGCCUUAUAUACAUGUAAUUGAACUCAAAGGAGGCGUACAUCAAAACUUGACAGAUAGUCUUCAAAGGACUGUUUAUAUAAAGAUGGCUGUGGUCAAAACUUUCUGAAGAAUCUCCAAACAACAUUUAUAUGUAUUUGCUUUUUGUUGCUCUAGGAAUUAGUAACAUGUUUUACACAGCUGUAUCUUGCUAAAAAUAGAAUUUCACAUCAUUGGUCUCUUAGAUUAGAAAUGUGUUCAUGUAUCUUCCUUUAAUUGCAUUCCUAGCAUUGUUUUUUUUAAUUCUGCCAUAUUUUAAAGCUGGUAUUGGACUCUAUUUACUAUAGUCAGCAGUGUAUGACCACUGCUGUUAUGAUUAUAUGAUGACUUAAAGGAUUCCACACUUUUCAAAGCCAGGAAAUCUUCAUUGAAUAAUUGCUGUCUUUGAUCUGAUUAGUUCUUUUGCUGUUAAUGGUUGUGAUUAUCAAGCACCAGUAUAUUGGUUUCAGAUAGGUCAUAGGAGAUACAUUUGAGGCAGCUUUUCAUUCCAUGUCAGCUUGACUAGUUUGAUCAUCUCUGGAGGUGAAAUAAUGAUAAUACAUGUAGUUUGUCUCUGUACUCUCCAAGGAAUACACCAACGGUUUUACUUAUUUAUUAUCAAAAUUAUAUACAUGUGAAUUGCACUCCAAAGAAGGUUUUAGCCUCUGUUGGAAUAUUCCAUCAAUGAGUUGAUUUAGCAAGAAAGAGCAUUUAGAAAUUAAUUUGUUUAAAGGCCUACUCCACUUGAAAAGUGCACUAGGAUUUGAAUAUUUCUGGCCUUUAAUCAUUGCCCCAUCAUCUGGUCAGUUCUCAUAUAAAGCAUAAUGUAUAAAGUGUAUAUUUGAAUUGUAUCUAUGUCCAAUGCCUUGUUUCCCCCAAAAGUGAGUCACCUUACCAAUGCAUUAUUGCUUCGUAUUGAUGUAUAAAGCAGUUGUAUGUUGGAAUUAGGUUAGGAUGAAAUACGGAAGAACCUCUCUAUUAAGGGCACCCUCGGGACUGACAAGUGCUGUGCUUAAUAGAGAGGUGUCCUGAUUAGAGAGGUCAAUUUGAAUGGAAAAAACAAACAGUUUGGGGCCAAAACUAGUGUCCUUAAUAGAGAAGGUGUCCUUAAUGGAGAGGUGUCUGUAAGGGAGGUUCCACUGUAGGUCUCUCAUAAAUGAUGUUUGUAAUUGUAAAUGAACAGUAGUAGUAGUGUUGAGAAUAUGUGAAGUGAUUUUGUGUGGCAUGUUCGUGUUAGUUUUAGUAGAGAAGAUGUGACUGGAGUGUUAAUCUGCUCUUCCUAUAGCCCAGCUGGACAUGUAACACUAUAACAAGCACUCCAUUGUCCACAGUGUGUACUCAGCUUAAAACACAGAUUUUGUAAUGUUAUUUGUUUUUGUUUGAAAAUUGGAGUCAAUUGUGAAGAUUUCAUUGAAAAAUGUAAAAGCUGGUAACCCUGGCUGUGAAAUUAUGAGGUACAUAAGUGUGAUAUAUUGGAUGUGUUACGUAGUUGAGUACUUAUAUUGUUUAGUAUUUCUGAUAGUUUAAAGGCCUAAAAUUAGCUAGGUUAUGUCAGUGAUUCACAUGGAACCGGUUCUAAACCAGGUAGUUUAAGGUCCCUGUAACAGCAAGAUUGUCUAACCAGUGCCAAACCAGGUAGUUAAACAGUCCUUGAACAGCAAGAUGAAGUACUUUUGAUACAGAAAAAUGGAGCACAGGGUUUGAAUAUCAGUUGUGCUGUCUUGCAUAAUGAAAUAAUGAAUGUGCACACACCACACAUUUUGAAAUGAAUAAUCGGACCAGAGAUUAAUAUUGUAUUACACUGUUAUGUAUAUUUUGUGACUUUAAUUUGAAUGAUAGAAAUUGUAAAAAAAUAUUGGUUAUGUGAUAUACUUAAUGUUGAAUAAAAUGAAAGUAUU